AUGUCACUAGAAAAGCUUACUUAUCCAUUGUUCGGCAACCGAUCACUCCACGUGGCGUAUUACACAGAAGUGAAGAAUAGUCCAGCGCUGCGGCAAGGUUUGUUAGACAAGAAGUUUGACGUCGCAAUGAUCAAUGCGCAUCUGAUUGCUGGCCCAUUCCAGGUGCAUUCAGCUGCCUUACGUGCUCUCCAGUGCGAUGCGUCUAACCGCCUCACAACGCGAAGUCUGCACGCCGAGCUGGUCUUUAACAUGUCUGGAUCACGCAAUGUAUCAGAAUCUCUCAAGCGAUUUGGCUUCAGUAAUGACACUACGUUACUUUUAGUUUGUGUGUUUGAUGCUGACGACGAGAAGCUGAAGGCGGUGGAGACACUUGUUGAAGGCAACCAAGUGCCUUUUAGCAAGCUUGGAUCCCAUUUAACCAGCAAAGACUUACAGCUUAUCAAGAAAUAUUACAAAAUUUCAGAGUUGGAGCUCACACAGUCAUCGCUUGAGGAUGCUGCUACAUGCAGAAUAGCGACCAAGAGCUGCAGCAAGUAA